AUGCUGGUGACCUAUUUGGAAGCCAGCCGGGACCUUUGCGAGAUGGACUCAAUUCUUUUUGGCGCCGCGCUGGCAGUCUGCCGUAUCAUAGGCGCCAAGGUUUCCACGGCUGGACGCGCUACUGGCCUAAGUAGCGCUAUCCCAGCAUGGAGCAGAAGAAUUGAGGAACGUAUCGCAAAGGCUAGAGCUCUCAUCGGCAGAAUGAUAUGCUUCAGAUCAGGCAAUAACAGGUCAAGAAUUGUGCGCACCGUCAGGAUGGCGUUUGCUGGGACAAAUGUCAGUUUGUCCCAGCCGGAUAUAACUCAAAAAAUGAUGGCGCAUGAUGAUCUGAAGCAGAGAAUCGCUGCUUGGGGAAAGCGGAUUCGGCGAUAUACCGAGAGGUUGACACGGAUCAAUCAAAAUCGUCUCUUCCAGAGUGAUCAGAAGAGGCUCUAUGAAUCAUUGGAGCGACCAAUGGUAAGUGGAACGGGCCCAGCACCGAAUCAGGCUGACAAUGUAGCAUUCUGGCGCGGCCUGUGGUCAGAGCACGUAAACCACAGCGAGGGCCCUUGGACGGAACUUGUGGCGAGUCAGUGUGCGAGUAUAACGCCCAUGGACCCCGUCAUUAUAACACCGGAUGACGUAGCUGAGGUGGUCCGUAGGGCCCCGAACUGGAAAAGUCCGGGACUUGACGGGCUGCAUCAUUACUCGCUGAAGGGGCUCGCGGUGUGUCACACUGUGCUCGCCCGACAGUUUCAAGAGGCUCUCAACCAGAAGUCGCUCCCGAGCCUCUUCACUACUGGGAUCACCUAUUUAGUUCCUAAAGACCAAUGUACCAGACCCUAG